GCAGUGUGUGAGUGGCACUGCCAUGUUGCCAGGAGUCGGUGUGUUUGGCACAGGGAGCACAGCCCGAGUGCUGGUCCCAUUGUUGAAAGCUGAAGGUUUUGAGGUUCACGCUCUCUGGGGGCGAAGUGAAGAGGAAGCUUGCUGCUUGGCAAAAGAGCUCGGGAUCCCAUUUCACACCAGCCGAUCUGAUGAUGUCCUGCUGCACCAAGAUGUCGACCUUGUUUGCAUCUAUAUUCCACCCUCGAUGACGAGGCAGAUUGCUGUCAAAGCACUGGGUAUAGGUAAGAAUGUUGUGUGUGAGAAAGCUGCAACUGCUGUGGAUUCAUUCAAGAUGGUGACUGCCGCCAGAUACUACCCCCAGCUGCUCAGCAUGAUGGGUAAUACCUUGCGCUUUCUGCCAGCUUUUGUUGCGAUGCGCCAGCUGUUGGUAGAGGGAUAUGUUGGCGAAAUGCAGGUGUGUGAUGUCCGAGUCUACGGCCCCAGCCUCCUGGAUCAGUCGUACGGCUGGACGUGUGAGGAGCUGAUGGGAGGAGGCGGCCUGCACACUGUCGGCUCCACCAUCAUUGACCUUUUAAGCUACCUAACCGGUGCACGAGCCCACCGUGUUCAUGGUUUACUGCGAACCUUUGUACAACAAAAUGGUUUGAUCCGAGGCAUCCGCCGCGUCACUAGCGAUGAUUUCUGUUUCUUCCAAAUGUUGAUGGGUGGAACCGGGUCGAGUUCCAGCGGUGUGUGUUGCACUGUGACCCUGAACUUCAACAUGCCAGGGUCAUUUGUGCAUGAGGUUAUGGUAGUUGGAUCCACUGGGAGGCUUGUUGCCAGGGGGACAGAACUGUAUGGUCAACGCAACGGGAGUAAAGGUGAGGAGCUGUUGCUAGGAGACAGUGGGUGGGUGGGACCAGAGGUGAAAGAGAUGCCUCUGCCUCACCUGCGUGGCUUGAGCUCCAUGGUAAAGGCACUGAGACAGUCUUUUCAGGCUCACGAGGAGCGCAGGUCUUGGGCGCGAGGACCCGUUGCUACAGCAACAACAUUUGAGGAUGGCCUGUACGUGCAGACGGUGGUGGAGGCAGUGAAACGGUCCAGCUGUAGUGGAGAAUGGGAGUGUGUCGAGAUCAUGAGUCAAGAGCCAGAUCCGAAUCACAACCUGUGUGAGGCUCUGCAGAGAAAUAAGAACUAAAUAUAUUUAUACACCCAGUGCAACUACUACAUGUGUCUGACAAAACUGGGCUCUGAAUGUUUUUCCUUUAAUUCAGCUGCUGAGGCAGUUUACGUUACCCAUGACUACUUUUUGCAUCCUCACUUUUUGAGCAGAACAUUUUGUUAAGAAAACUUAACUCUGUUGUGGAUGUUUGCACCCUCACAGUUGUGAUUUGUUUGUACACUAACCACAGCUCCAUUAUACUGAGUCUAAAUAGAAAAUAUUUCAGUUUAUAUAGUUUAAGGUUGUCAAAAUCUACCUGUGCCCUGUUGACAUGUUUUUUUUUGUUUGUUUUUUUAUUUUACCUGUGCCAAGCCAAAAAGUAGACUUCUUCUUUGACUUCUUUUUUGAAGUCAAGUUUCCUGCUAAAUACAGUUGACAUGCAUCACCUGUCUUUAAGGCACCACACCCUUGUCAAAUAUUAGAACACAGCAAAGAGUCAAAACCAUUUUCUUCUCCUCACCUUAAACAGCUUGUCUGGAUACACUUCUGUACUUUAGGAAACAUGUAGGUAAUGAGAGAAAGAUCAAUAGAUGCAUUGUUCUUGCUACUGGACAAAAGCAUAGCUCUUUUUGAUGUAUGCCAAAACAUUUCUGAGUAUUUCCUCUUUUAGCAGUUUUUUUUAAAGUUGAGUUGUCAGAACAAGAAGUGUUUGCAAGAGCUGGAGAUUAGAUUACACCGAUAAAUGGCUGACUACAAAUCAGCGCUAUCAGAGUUGUUCAGUUACUAUCUUGUAACAACCCGCUUUUGUUGGUGUUGAGAACCAUAAAGUUUUUGUACUUUUAGUUAAUAAAUUAUCACUGGCAUAACACUUGGCUCUUUCACAAAUUGUCCAGGCCUUUAAUUUAGGAAUUUGGCUCAGAUUAAAAACAUUAUAUCCCAACGGCAAAGACACAACACUCUGUUGUCCAUAACAUUUAUAUGUUCAUGUAUUUUAGUGUUAAUUCAUUCCCGAUAACCAAUAGCACCUUAUUCUGAAAGUAAACGUGUUUACCUCAGACAUGAAUGUAAUUAUCAAACCACGAGGAUGAUCUGACAAAAACAAAAUACUUUGACUGUUUGCAGUGUGGUGACUGGCCAUCAGAGCCCAACUUGUGUUGUUUCAGAAUAAGAAUAAUGGAGCUGUGCGCUGUUUAGUUUUAUUUUCUUAAUUUUUGGAUGUGUAAUAAUAAACAUACAUUUAAGAAGUGGACGAGACUGCAGGAGGGCCUUGUAGGAUUUUAUGUUAUGGCUAAAAUACCAGGGAUUGAGUAAAAUAAGCUAUGUAGAAAAAGUCUAAUUUGUAGCAGUGCCCCUUAAAAAGCCCAAAUGUAAAAGAGAUAUUUCUUAUCUUUUUUUUUUGUUGUUGUCGUUGUUUGUUCACUCACUAGGCUAAAAAAGUGCGAGGAGUUUGUAGUUUGCUUCUUCACAGACAGUAUUUUCAGUCAUCAUUUCAUCAAAAUAUACUACUUCCAAAUACGUACACUACUUGAAGGAGCUUCAGGGAGGGUGAUGGCACCAUACAGACGCAGGGUUUUUAGUCAUAUUUUCGGUAAAUGUUGACAGAAAAGAACAGAGGUAAAGUGGAUGCUUCCUCAGAAAGAGGGAUUUAGAGGGGUGUUUUGGUACCCAUUUAACCACUGAAACUGACUGUGAAGAAGAAAACUGCCAACAGACACAUGUCGAGCUUACACAGGGUGAGCAUUUAAUGCUCAAAGGAUAUAUUUUAGUUAAAUCUUACAGAGGCUUGUUUUGAAAAAUUACAGUUUAGUGACCUUUUUUUAUUGUUAAAUUGUCAAAGUUUUACAUAGAAAGCCUGCAAAUAUUUGAGUUUAAAAUGUGUGUAAAAGGUUUGUUUACAUGUCUUAGCCAUUGAAGUAAUUUUAUGUUUUUAUAAGAUUUUGUUUGAUGCAAUCUAUGCAUUUAAAUUAAUUACAGAUGAUCCAGAGAGUGGAGCCACCGUCAUCCUGAAUCCUUACUGAUGUUUUCAUUGAGUAGAACCACUGGAUUUGACUUGUGUGAGAGUAUAAAUGUGUGUCUCUCUAAAGUGCUCAGACCAAGAGAAGGAAGUGCUUAACAGUUUAUGGUUGUUGUAGUCACUCACUGCAUCACAGUACUGCUGAAUAUGUUGAAAUAAUUUUGGGCCUCAGCUCUCUUAAUCCUGACACAGGACGUGUUGAAGGCAGAAGCAGUGUAUUGGUUUGAUUUGAUUGGUUGUUCCCUUCUCAGACCCACAGGAUCUGUAGAUAAGGAUAUAUACAUGUUACACGCUUACCUCACGCUAUCCCAACAGUGCUUUACGAAAACAAUACAUCAAGUUUACAUUAAGUAUCUUAUAAAACAGAUAAAUCAUAUUUGCCUGCAGGAUGUUUCAUAACCCACCACUAUUAAAAUACAUUCCUUCUUGUUAACAGAUGUUGUUUUUUGCACUGAUACGUGAUAAAAUGCCACAUAUUUAAUAUGCAGUGUGAGGCGUGUACCAGCCAGCUCACUGCAAAAAUGAAUUUAACAUUUGUCUGUAUAAGGAAGACUUUUUUUGUAUUUAUUUAUGUCUUGGUGUGGAGAGUUUCCCAUUGUUUAUUCUGUUCAGUGUUUGUGUUGUCAGCCUGUGAAUUUCCAUUUAAAGCUGUAAUAUUUAAAUUGUUUAGAUUUAGUGUUUUAAUUGAUAACAUGGCUUUUUGCGGACAAUGUGUUGCAUUUAAGUUGGGAAAUUGUUGUACUGUUCAUCUGCCUGACAGACUGUUCCUUUAAUAAAUACAGUUGUAUUCA